AAGGAACCAAAGCUGACCUCCAACAUUAAACCUGACAUAAUCGCUUGUCUUGGGGCUUGGUAUACAUGGGAUCGGAUUCUUCAGACAAGUCUGGAAGGAAUGGUAUGGUCAAGAUCGGUUCGUAAGGGUGAUGCCUAAUACACCUGCUGCAAUUGGUGAGGCAGCUUCAGUAAUGAGCCUUGGAACAACGGCAGCGGAAGAAGACGGAGCACUUGUUGCUAAGUUGUUUGGCUAUGUGGGGAAGAUGUUCAAAGCUGAUGAGAAAAUGUUUGAUGCUGUCACUGGUCUCAGUGGAAGUGGACCAGCGUACAUAUUCUUAGCCAUUGAAGCUUUAGCUGAUGAAGGAGUAGCUGCUGGUUUACCCCGAGAACUCGCACUCGGUUUAGCUUCACAGACGGUUCUUGGAGGUGCAACAAUGGUGAGCAAAAGGGGAAGCAUCCGGGUGUGUUGAAAGAUGAUGUUACUUCACCAGGCGGGACUUCAAUAGUCGGAGUUCAUGAACUGGAGAAAGGUUCUUGGAGCUGCAACAAUGGUGAGAAAAACGGAUAAUUUAUUUUUUUAAGAACCCUCGGUUAAGAUACCUUCAUUGGACCACUCAAAAUGGAAAUCUCUUAACAAAAGUU